AUGCAUGUUUUUGAUCCAAAAACCCAAACUUGGGAGCUUGCGUCUAGCGUUGGUGCAGGGACUGAAGGAAAGGUUUACAUGUGUGGACAGAUGGAGUGUUUGGCUUACAUGGAAGGUAGAUGGGUUAGGUAUCCGUAUAAUCGUUAUUAUUCUUAUUGCGUGGUAGAGAAUGUUCUGUACAGUUAUUAUUCAGGAGAAAUAACAUGGUAUGACACUAGGAUGGCGGUUUUGUGGGACAGGUAUCUAGAUUCCAGUGAAGAUAGGAACAAGGUGAUAUGGUAUGCACAGAUUGCGCUUAAAAGACACAGCAAUGGAGAGAUUUGGGGGAAUGUUGAGUGGUGUGGCACGGUGCUUACAGUCCCUGAAUCAUAUGAAUUUGAGUAUGUCCUUGCUGUCACUGUUUAA